AGCGUUGGCGAAUCAGAGCUGACGCCUGAUCGCUCGAAGCUUGAAACAUUACAGAGAGUUUGAGAGGAUGAGUAUGAGGAGCUCAUCGGAGGAUUUCUCUGUGGUGGUUCUGGCUUCAGAUCUGGGUGUCGACGCUCGACCCUUCUUAUUAUCAUCUUCAGAGGAAAAAGAGAACUGGCAUGACUUCUCUGCUUACCUUUCCGAUGAAGACUUUUCUGACCUCGACGCCUUGCAGGUCUUCCGUGUCGAAGGCACUGAUAACUGCGGCAAUCGUAUCUUCCGCAUCGUCGGCAAGUACUUUCCAGCUCCAGUUGUUAGUGGGGAGCGGGUCAAGAAGUAUAUCUUCCAUAAGCUAUCCAUAGAGUUGCCAGAAGGGCCAUUUUGUAUUGUUUACAUGCACAGCACCGUGCAGAAGGAGGAUAACUCUCCUGGAAUGACUGUCUUGAGGUGUAUAUAUGAAGCUCUUCCUUCCAGCUACAAGGACAGGCUCCGUGUUGUGUACUUCUUGCAUCCUGGUCUUCGGUCAAGGCUCAUUUUAGCAACUCUUGGCAGAUUCUUUUUAAGUGAAGGCUUAUACUGGAAGAUCAAGUACAUUAGCCGCCUCCAAUAUCUUUGCGAGAAUAUAAAGAAAGGAGAGAUUGAGAUUCCUGAGUUCGUGAGAGAUCAUGAUGAUAUUCUUGAGCAUAGGCCACUUACAGAUUAUGGGAUAGAGCCGGCUCUUCUCCAUUUAACUGAGGUUCGACCGAUGGGUUACUCGUUUGGGAGGUACGAAGGGAGAUGGCAAUCUCGAGAGUAUGUGUCCUAGUGUCGUCUUUUUAGAGGCUAAAAAUUGUACAAAAGGCUUAAAUUAUGAAUGUUAUAGCUGAUAGAGUCCUAUAAUUA